ACCAUUGGUCGACCAAUCGACUAAUCGAGUCGAUCAAUUGAGCAUCUAAAGUUGUCGAACCUGGAUCCUUAUUUAAUGACGAAGUAGACAUUUCGCGCCUUUUCAAACAGACCGAUUAAUUCGACGUAGAUAACAUACAAGUGGAUAUUUUGAUUAAUUGUUGUUGUCACUUGAUAUAAUAAAUAUAAAAAAAUGCAGGGCUCCAUACACUCACUAGUUCAGAAUCCACAAAUUGAUCCGGAAGACACUAUCAGUAUUUUAGUAGCUACAGAUAUUCAUCUCGGUUUUAACUACAAGAAAAAGAGAGGAGGACAGUCUGACGAUAGUUUUAUAACGUUCGAGGAAAUAUUGAAAUAUGGUAAAGAUAAUGAAGUCGAUUUGAUUUUGCUCGGUGGAGAUCUUUUUCACGAUACUAAACCAUCGCAAACUACGUUGCUCAAAUGUAUGGAACUGCUGCGAAAAUAUUGUCUGGGUACAAGAGAAUGCAAGCUAGAAUUUUUAAGCGAUUCAGAAGUGGUUUUUCAACACUGUGCACAAAAGCAUGUGAAUUAUGAAGAUCCCAAUUUGAAUGUUUCAAUGCCAAUAUUCACCAUUCAUGGAAAUCAUGAUGAUCCAAGUUUUGAUGCUGUUGGAUCUAUGGAUGUACUGUCAGCUACUGGAUUUGUGAACUAUUUUGGCAAGUGGACAGAUCUCACACAUGUGGAGAUAUCACCUAUAAUUUUAAAGAAACGUAAUACACAUGUUGCGCUUUAUGGUUUGAGUUACAUCAAUGAUCAAAGGUUGUCCAGAUUGUACAGAGAUGAGAAGGUGGAACUGAAACGUGUAAAAGACAUAGAUACCUUCAACAUAUUUGUUUUACAUCAGAAUCGAGUGAAGCACGGCGAGUUUGUUCACAUACCGGAAACAAGGCUGCAUAAUUUUCUUGAUUUAGUUAUUUGGGGUCACGAGCACGAAUGUCGUAUUACACCUGAAAAAAUUGCAGAUCGCAAAUACUACAUUUCACAACCAGGAAGCUCAAUUGCUACUUCUUUGUGUGAAGGCGAGUCAAAACCCAAGCAUGUGGGUCUUUUGAAAAUAAAUAAGGAUCAGUUUAAGAUGAAAGCAUUGAAAUUAAAAAGUGUUCGACCGUUUAUUUUUGAUAAUAUUGUUCUCCGCGAUCACGACAUCAAGAUAGGAGACUGUGUCUCGAUAGCGGAUUCUAUAAGUCAGUAUAUAGAUCGAUACAUCGAAAACGAAAUCAUGCCGCGGGUUGCUACACAACUUACAGGAUAUCCUAAUCAGCCACUGCAACCUUUAAUUCGAUUGAGAAUAUUUUACGAGGACGACAGUGAACAAUUUGACACUUUAAGUUUAGCACAAAAAUAUUGCGAUGAAGUUGCUAAUCCAUUGGAAAUGAUUCUAUUCCGCAAAAUGAAAAGCGGAGAAAAAAUAAAGCACGGAAGUGAUCUAAAUGAAGAUCUAGAUGACAUUGCAGAAUUGUUUCAGGGAGAUAUAGGACAGGAUUGGACUAGCACAGUGCCGGGCGGAAUCAAGAAGUAUUUCGACAUGGAAGAAAAUAAAGAUAAAUUAACGGUAUUGACCGUAACGGGAUUAAAUGAGGCGUUAAAUCGAUAUGUUGAUCGAAAUGAUAUAGAUGCCUUCAAAAACAUCGUGAGAUAUCAAAUGGAAAUCACCGCUAAAUAUAUAAAAGAACAAAAUACUGGAUCUGUAGAAGAUAUUCGUCAAGAAAUUAAAAAUUUUCGCGAUAAAAGACUUUCAGAGGAGCAACAAGAGCAGACUAAUGUCCGGAAGGCAUUGACCAAUCCUAGUCUGACGAGUCCGAGAAGUGUUACGAAAUCUCGCGGUAUUGAUCUGACGAACAGUGACAAUGACGAUGACGAUCUUGCUUUAUCGUUCUCUAAGACCAGAGGAAGAGGUAGAGGUUCAAGAGGUGGCAGAGGAUCCAGAGGUGGUCGCGGAAGAGGGAAAACUACAAACGAGAAAUAUACUUCCAUUGCAACAAUACAAAAUCUUAGAAGCGCACAAUCGAGCAGAAAAAGGGACUUUAUUGUGAUAGAUGAUUCAGAUUAAGUAAUAUUUUUAUAUAAACAAGAGAGAAAAAAAAUAUGUAAUGUGUUAAGAAA